AUGACUGUACCAAACCCGCCGUUUAGAGUCAAGACAAUAUAUUCAUGGAGUGGUGUCGAAGAAGAUGAUUUAGGCUUCAUAGAAGGUGACACUAUUGAGGUUGAUAGCUUAGGGGAUGGUAAUUGGUGGCAUGGGAAGCUUAAGAGAAACAAGAUGACUGGUAACUUCCCUUCCAAUUAUGUUGAAGUUAUCAAAUCAGAUCUUCAACCUUUUAGUCCAUCAACUAGAGAUAAUAGUCGAGCUGGUACAGCAUCACUAGAAAGUUCUCCAACAAGGGUUGCAAAUAGCAGUAUGACAGCACACCAAUCACCUAGAAGUGCUUCAAAAACAGCUUCACCAUUUGCUAGUCCUAGUGCUAAAGCUUCAAUGAUGAAAAACAAUGGAAGAAAUAAACCUGUACCCAUGAUUAAUCAAGAAGAAGAUGAUGAUAUGCAAUUCAGUUUCCAAUCUUCAAGAAAUUACUAUAGUCCAUCUGCUGGAAUCCCAAACCAAUAUAAUCCACAAAGCCCAUAUCGUCAUGAAAUAGCUCAGCAACAGCAACCCCCAUAUCCAACGCAGGUUUUACCUACUUCAUAUUCUGUACCUGUUGGUUUAGAGCAACCUCAACAACAACAGCACAUACAUCAACAGAGAUAUAAUCAAAGAAUGCCACAAACCCAGUCAUCAACUAAUCUGCAUCAUACACCAAGUCCUAGAAGAGUUCAAGAGUAUUCAUCAUCUUCUGCAGCUCCACCACCUCCACCACCUCAACAUUAUGUGCCCGUCAAAUCUCAAUCAACUCAAAACUUAAAAUCAUUUGAUCCAUUUGCACCACAAAAUCCAUAUAAUGCUAAUGACUAUUCAAAUAGAAAAUCAGUGCUAUUGAAACAAGCUACACAAAACAAAUUAAGAGAUUCGCAAAACUCUGAAUUCAUUGCACCUUAUGAUCCAGAAAGUUUAAACCAAUCUAAAUCUACAGCUUCUCAAUCAUCAAACGUCUUCAGCUAUUCAAAUGGAUCAUAUUUUUCAAAUUCUUCAAAUUCACAUAAUAGCUCAUAUGCAUUGAGUGAUUUCAGUGCUACAAGUGCAGGAAGUUUUGCAAGACAUAGGUAUGAGGAUCAGUUGAAACAAAAAGAAAACCUACAAUCAAGUGGAUCUGGUAAUCAUUUAUUAGUUGAAGAGAAAAAAUUAAAAAAACCAACAGGUAUUUUCAAAAAAAUGUUCACAGCUAAAGAUGCUCCCCCAUUACCAGUUAUGGAUGAUUUAACUAGAGGUGUUGGUGAAAUGAAUACGGAAGACAAAGAGAUAAAUUCAUGGAUUGAACUUAAAGUUGAUUUGAAUAGAGCAAACUCUCUUGGAGCCAAAGAGCGUCAAUUAAGAGAAAAAAGAGUCAGGGAAAAUGAAGGUUAUAUCAUUUUUGAACCUCAUAAACAAUUAUCAACAAUCAAUAACAACGAGGUAUUUCAAACUGGUCAAAAAUUUGAUUUACAUGCAUUUAGUUUGAAACAUGUUGAUCAUUAUGUCGGGAAUUUACAAAUAAGGUCAACCGUAUUAUCCCCAGAAGCUUUCAUAACUAAUGAAUUGGGAUUAAAAUAUACUAGUAAAUUGGAAUAUUUAAGAGCUCUUUUUGUGUUCUGUACACAACAUUUUACAAUAGUUAAUAGCUCAUAUAAUGAUGAACCUUAUAUACCAAAUGUUGAAAUGAUUUUCAAGCAAAGAGGCUCAGAUACUUAUGGUAUGGCAUUUUUAUUUAAAAGUUUAGCAGAUGCUAUGGGUUUGAACUGUGAUAUUGUACCAGGAUCUCUGAAGACUCCACAGUCCAUAGUGAAACAUUAUUGGAAUGCUGUUGUCAUUAAUGGAGAAUGGAGAUUCAUUGAUGUAUCCAUGGGUAAUUUAACAAAUCCAGUUUAUGAAAUUUUACCAAAUUUACCAGAUGAACCAAAUGAGAGCUUUUAUUUUUUAACAGAGCCAUUGGAUUCAAUAUAUACACAUAUUCCAGAUGCGUUUGAAGAUCAACAUAUCGUCCCUCCAAUUGACCAAAUGGUUGCGUUAGCAUUACCACCAUGUUUCCCUGCCUUCUUCAAGAACGGUCUGAAGAUUCAUAAAUUCAGUAAUGCAUUGACCAGAUUGAAUGAUUAUGAGAUUUUUGAAAUUGAUUUAAAAAUUCCUAAAGAUAUUGAAGUAAAUGCAACAGUUCAAACAAAGUUAUCAUCAACUCCAACUUUAGCUCAAGUUUACUGGAAACAUAAUGAUCGUUUUUGUAAAAUCAAAGGUCAUUUAAGUGAUAAUCAACAUACGGGAUUUGUUAAUAUAUUUUCAGGCUUGAAAGGUACUCAAAAAUCAAUUCAAAAUGUUCACCCAUUAUCAAUGGUCAUUCCAAUUGUUCAUGAAGGUGAGUAUAGACCAUUAGAAUUUGUCACCAGAUAUCCAACAGUUCCAGCACAACUGAAUGAUUUGUACAUUAAGCAACCACAAAAUAGAAACUUAUCAUGUAAAGGUGAAUAUGUUUUCAGUCUUUCUCAAUUCCCAUCAAUGGGAUUAUCAACUUCAACAGCAAGAACUAAAAUAGCACUGCAGUCUCCUUCAGGGAAAAUUAUCAAAUUCAAUAAGAAGGAUCAAAGUACACCAUUUGGACUAUGGGAAUUACCAGUCAAAUGUAAUGAAAUCGGUACUUGGAGAGGUUUAGUUUCUGUUGAUAAUGGUUCAAGUUUAUGUGUCUUUGCUGAAUGGCUCUGUCACUAA